CGUCACUGUUUGGAGAAUUCUCCGUCAUUUUAACUGGUGAUUUGGCUAAAGUUAUUCUGAAUCAGAGAGACCUCUUUUGGAUAGCUGAACUGUUACGUUGAAAUAAGAGUUGUCUGCGAAAACGGUCUUCCUUGGAGACAACUGGUUGCAGAUUCGAAAACACUACAUGGUUUACACAAGGUUUCAGGUUUUUUGCGAAUAAUUUGAGCUAAUUCUUCGAAGAUAAUUCCUUCACUCGGCAGUUCAAGCACCUCAAAAAUCUUUGAAGUUUUGCACGUGGACAAAAUUAUGGCAAAUCUUUGGAGAAUUGCGUUAUUGAAGUUUCUUUUAAUCGGUUGUCAAGUUUUUGGUCAAAAUGGCAAUACUCAAUGUGACAAACGUAGUUGUUACCCAGCCACAGGGGAUCUCAUGAUUGGCCGAAGUGCCAAUUUAACGGCUUCCUCCACUUGUGGUAUGACAUCGCCCGAAGACUAUUGUAUUGUGGCACAUCUCCAGGCCAACCCAGAGGAGUGCUUUGUUUGUGACACAAGCAUCCCUGACCUCAACCAUGAAGCAGAGAAUAUGAUAUCAACCUUCAAUGGAAAUAGAGACAAAACAUGGUGGCAAUCAGAAAAUCUCAAAGAAAAUGUAUACCUUCAGCUUGAUCUUGAAGCUCAGUUUCACUUCACACACUUGGUGAUGACAUUCCGCACUUUCCGUCCUGCUGGAAUGCUUAUUGAAAGAUCAUGGGACUAUGGUAGGAACUGGCAUGUGUAUCGGUACUUUGCUGCAGACUGCGAGAAGACCUUUCCUGGAAUUCCCCACAGACAGCAGAAAGAAAUUGAUGAUGUCAUUUGUACAGAGGAUUUUUCUUCUGUGGAGCCAUCAUCAAAUGGAGAGGUUAUCUUCAGGGCACUUAAUCCUCAAAUUCCAAUCAAGAAUCCCUACAGCGAAAAAGUACAGAACCUGCUCAAGUUGACAAACAUACGGAUUAACUUUACCAAGCUUCACACCUUGGGAGACUUGGUCCUUGAUCCUACACAGCCUGAAGCCAGAUUAAAGUAUUACUAUGCCGUGUACAACCUUGUGAUCAGAGGUAGCUGUUCUUGUUAUGGGCAUGCCGAGCAGUGUCUUCCUUUGGAUGAUAGUGAGCAAGACAUUACUGGCAUGGUGCAUGGACGGUGUGACUGCGCUCACAACACAGAAGGGAAGAACUGUGAACGAUGCAAAGAUGGUUACAAUGACACACCAUGGCGGCCUGCUACUGUGGAUGAUUCAUAUGAAUGCAAAAAGUGUGACUGCAAUGGCCAUGCUGAGGAAUGCCGAUUCGAUCCAGCUGCAUUUGCUAAUUCUAAUUUUACUAGUGGUGGUGUCUGUGUCAACUGUCUGCAUAACACUGUUGGUCGUAAAUGUGAGAAGUGUAAGCCUCUGCAUUUUCAGGAUCCAUCCAAAGACUUUAGAGAUUCAGCUGCUUGUAUUCCAUGCAACUGUGAUUCUGUUGGCGGUAUCAGCGGGGGAGAGUGUGAAGGGAAGACUGACGAGGAAGCAGGCUUGGUGGGCGGCCGGUGUAUUUGUAAAAAAAACGUUGAAGGAUCCAGAUGCAGUCGGUGCAAACCAGGAUUUUGGAAUUUAAGGAGAGACAAUGAUGAUGGUUGUACAGCUUGUGGCUGUAGUCCGCUUGGUACCUUGGGUGUAUGUAACCCAAAGGAUGGAAAGUGUUUGUGUGACCGGAACGUUAUGGGACCAAGAUGCGACCGCUGUCAGCCUGGUUUUUGGGGACUGGGUAAUAAUGCCCAAGGUGGAUGCAAACUUUGCGAUUGUGACGUUGGUGGUGCGUACGAGAGGAACUGUGAACAAGUUAAGGGCCAGUGUCGCUGCCGUAAAGGUAUCACGGGAAGAAAGUGCGAUAAAGUCCAGACCGGGAAUUUCUUCCCUCUACCAGAUCACCUGAAAUACGAGUCUGAGGAAGCGAAAAUUAUUGGGGGUCAGAACAACGGUAAAGUUGUUCCGAGGGAACCACAAACUGGAGAAGAUGUGUCCUGGACAGGCGAUGGCUUCGUGGAGAUUAAAGAUAAAGCGACUUUGGAGUAUGCGGUGACUAAUGUUCCCUACACGGGCGAGUACAACAUCUUGGUUAGAUAUGAACCGAAGGAUUCUGGACUUUGGCAAGUCAAUGUAAUGAUCCAACGCCUCGACGGGCUUCCAUUGACCAGUGGUAAAUGCGUCAACGCUACUAAUGCCGAUGACCCGAACUAUGGAAAUUUCUCAGCCAUCCUGCAAACCAGAAGGCGUUACGUUCUUAUGCUCCCCAGUGUUUGUUUGGAGAAAGAUGUGUCUUACGUAGUUAAGGUCACCUACAGCAGAGACGAGUCCAACAAAGAUGGUGUCGAUAGUAUCUUGACCGACUCGAUGGUUCUUGUUCCCUACGUAGAAUCAGUUUCCAUCUUUCAAGGACCCGAUGGCGAACAAAGAAAAAAGGUUUUUGAUCAAUUCAGUUGCCUGGAUUUUAAUCUGGAGCCAGCCUCCCCUCGACCCCAACUUCCCGAUGUUUGCAAGCAGCUUAUAUUCGCUAUGUCAUCGGUUAUAUAUGAUGGCGGAAAGCCGUGUAACUGUGAUCCCACGGGAACCAAGCGAGACGAGAACGGGACGCUGAUUUGUGAUUCCGUGGGAGGUCAAUGUAAGUGUAAACCGAACGUGAUUGGCCAGAGGUGCGACCGCUGUGCUCCAGGAUCGUUUGGAUUUGGACCCCAGGGUUGUGCUGGCUGCAACUGUAAUAGUAUCGGGGCCUCUGACAACCUCUGUAACGCUCAGACUGGACAGUGUACUUGUAGAAUCAAGGCAGGGGGAAGACAGUGCAAUCUUUGUCCCCCCCGGAACUGGGGAUUCCCUUUGUGCCGACCUUGCCGCUGUAAUGGCCAUGACACUUCCAACUGCCAUCCAAAGACUGGAGAGUGUCUGGACUGUCAGCACAACACCGCUGGCAAAAACUGUGAGGUGUGCGCUACUGGUUACUAUGGUGAUGCCACUAAGGGAACACCAAAAGAUUGCCGUCGCUGCCAGUGCCCUGGCGGUGGGACUGGAAACCAGUUUAGUGCCACUUGUCGCUCAACUGGACCAGACUCUUUUGCUUGUGACGCUUGUGAAGUUGGUUACAGGGGAACAAGGUGCGAAGAAUGUGCUGACGGUUACUAUGGUAACCCACUCGUUCCAGGCGGUCGCUGUAAGCCAUGUUCUUGUAACAACAACAUUGAUCCGUCGAACGGGGGCACCUGUGACAGAACAACUGGCAGAUGUUCAGCCUGCCUCUACAAUACCGCAGGCUUCAGUUGUGAGCGCUGUAAAUCGGGUUUCUAUGGUGACGCUAUUGCCAGGAAUUGUACCAAAUGUGUAUGUAAUAUUAAUGGCACGGCCCCUGGUUUUGAUGACACAUGCAAUUAUGAGACCGGCCAGUGCAAGUGUUUAUCAAACGUCAUUGGUAUUCAGUGUGACAAGUGCGCCGAUGGAUUCUGGAACCUGGGCAGCGGUAAGGGUUGUCAGAAGUGCGAUUGUUGUGGAGAGGGCUCGACUCAGGCCACUUGCAACUUGUGACUGUAAUCUCGCGGGAUCCGUGUCCCUUCAGUGUGACCGCAACACUGGGAAAUGUCAGUGUAAACAAGGUAUGAUUGGCGACAAGUGUGAUCAGUGUGCCCAGGACACCAGCGGUAAAAUGCCUCAGUGUGAAGUCUGCGGGGAAUGUUAUUACCAGUGGAAGGUCACGCUAGAGUCUCUGUCACGCAACAUCAGCCUUGAAGUACCAAGAGCGUAUAACGUCUCUCUCACUCCUCAGCCAGGUAGUGGAAGUAUUAACGCCUAUGACAAGGAGCUUAAGGAACUGGAAGACAAACUAGAAAGAGUAGAGAUGAUACUUAAAAACCAAGUUACUACUGAAAAUGAUACGAUGGCACUCGAAAAAGAAUUAGACUCCAUUGACAUGCAACUGCAAGAGGUGCAAGACAAGGUAGACAUGAUGAAAAAGGACGUGAGAUCAUCUGAAAUGCGAACAGAGGACGCCAAAACCGAGAUUCAAAUUCUACGCGAAAGGCUGGCUAAUCUUACCCAAGGUGGAACGCAGCUGAAAUCCAAUGUUGAGAAGAUUUUGCGCUCGGACAUAAGGGGUGCUUUUGAGGAAAUUUUGAAAAAUCAAAUGCGGUCGCGCCAGGCCGAGGCAAGAGUGAACGAGUCGCAGAAGAUUCUUGAUAUGUCUAAAGAACAAAGAAAUAUAACAGAGCAGCUUUUAGAAGGUCCACCUUCGUUUCUCGAUCGAUACAAUGAAAAUUCAGGCGUUUUGUUCGACAUCCUUGACAAGAUAAGAGAACUGCAAAAACAAGUAGGGAUCCUAAAUGGGGUCGUCUGCGGGUCCCCCGCCAGUAAGUGCGGUGGAUGUGGGGUGCGUAAUUGUUCGUUUUGUGGUGGCCCCGGCUGUAAUGGAUCCUUAGAUCUAGCUAUGAAAGCAGUAGAAAGAGCCAGAGAGGCGGAGGCGGCUCAAAGAAUGAGAGAAGCCAAAGCAAACGAAGCAUUAGAAGAAGUACGGAACGCGGAAGUAAUGGUAAACAUGACAAAAGAAGCCGCUGACAAAGCAGUAAUGCGGGCCAUGGAUGCUCUCGCGCGGGCUCGAAAUGCAAGUGACCGCAUGGAUAAACUUAUUCAGGACAUUUUAGAUUUCCUCGACAUGGAGUUUGGAGACACAGACAUCAUACGCAAAAUAGCUAACGGUGUGAAACAAAUGAAAUUGUCAGUAACUCCCGAGGAAAUUGAAAAACUCGCAGAGGACAUAAAGUUGGCUUUGAGCUCAUUAACUGGUAUUGAUGAAAUCUUAGAGGAAACCACAGAAAGAUUAGACAAAGCUAACGACCUGAAAGAGAGAGCGGAGAAAGCCAGGCGUUGGACAAAUUAGAGAAAGACGUGGAUACAGCUCGCGCUAACGUGACCAACAUGGCCGCCAUGAUACCUAUGGUGACAGAACAAUUCGACAAGAAUCAACAACAGCUUGCUAUCACGGAGCAGAAGGCCAAUGACACACAUGGGGAAUCAGUGACAGCUGAAAAGGAAGCAGAUGAACUGAUGGACUUGUUUAACCAAGCGAAGGAAAGCAUUGAAGAUAAGGAUGAAGCAGUGCGGAGUGCCUCCGAAAAAGUUGUCGACAUGAAGGAACAGGCAAUUAAAUUAAUAAAACGUCUGCAGGAAAAAAUGGAGAGGAUUAUAAAGGUUGAGAAUGUGACUAUUAGCUAUGAAGACCUUAUCCAAAAAGUAACAAAGUUGCAAGGGGAAACGAAUGUACUUCUGGCCAAGUUAGACAGGAGAUUUGCAUGUUACUUCCAGUGCAGUCCGGACAAUCCAAACAACCCAUGCUUUGAGGAUUAAUGCCAAUUUUGUGAAGUAAUGUAAAUGCUGUGGUAUCCAUAGGCCACUAAAUUCUCCCACCAACCACUGCCAAUCGCAUGGAGAAUUUACCUUUAACCAGUUUUGUAUUUAAAUACUUAUGUAGCUUGUGUUCAGUGAUCCUUUUAUUUCCUGGUUCUCUGCGUGUUUUGCGUCACGUCACGGUGCCCUCUGAAUUUUUUAAAUUUAUUUCAAUUUUGUUUUUAUUAGUGGCUGUGUCUUUUGUUCUCGGUAAUCAUCAUCUUCUUUAUCGGUAACUAUCUUUUUUUCUUUCCUUUUUUCUGUAUUUAUGUAAACUUAAGCGGUAGAUGGUUUUGCUUUAAAAAGCUCUUCUGGUUUUUCGUUGUCAGGUGUAAAGAAAGCAUUUUGUAACUCUUAUAAAGUGAAUCAAAAUUUGAUGAUAACCUCGUUGAUUUGAUCAUUGUUGAAAAAUUCCCCUAGCUGACAUUAAACCUUGGUGCUUUGAAAGGUUUCACUUUGUUUUUAAGAAGGUGUCAUUUGGGUUAGUCCUUCUUUCCUUUUGCUUUACGUUGUUUGUUUGUAUUUUUAUAAAGUCUCAGUUGUUUUGUUCACCUAUUUCUUAACUGUUUUUUUAAGUGUUGAAUCUAGCGGUGAACAGACACGUUACAUGUAUGUUCGUCGCAAGGUUUGAAUAAAAAGGCGAACAAAAUUCCUUCAUGUUCGUCAAAACAUGGUAAUCUAAACACGAAAGAGAACGAGUGAAGAUUGGCAGCAUUGAAAGUCCAUCCAAAACCUGACUUGCGUCAAGGAACAAGUGCAUACCCAAAGACUAGUUUCCUGUUUCAUUUAAUUACUGACCGCCUUGACUUUGUAGGGAGUAAUCUUGGCAUGGAUUGGAGUAUUUCUUAAAACAACAGUAAUCCGAAGAUUUGCUUGAAACUGCGCUUUUUACAAGUACACUCAACAACUUACGAAAUUCUGUAUUGCUAUAACAAUUACAACUACUUUAAAAUUGAGAGUUAUUAUAUACCUACGACGCUUUGCUCAGAAUGUGAAAGUUUCCAAAAAAAUAAAUAUGUAGAUUUUA